AUGACCUUUCACCUUGCAGGGACCCCAACCGUGGUCUUCUCCUCGUGGGAUCUCAUCAAGAAUCACGUCGAACGCAGAAACACUAUCUACAGCAGCCGACCCUCCGUACCAUUCUUCCUACAUGCGACGGGCGGUCUCAGCGCGGCAAUCCUGCCCUACGGACCAGAAUGGAAGCUGCAGCGGAACAUUCGCAGCUCUGUCCUCAAACCAUCGAUGACGAUCAAGUACCGUGAAGUCCAGGAUCUGCAGACCACGCAACUCAUGCAUGAGCUGCUUUCGACAAACGAUUUCUCCCUAUGCCUACGACGGUGCAUUGCAAGUGUCUUCUUGACCGUGGCGUAUGGGGAGCGAUGCAGGGAUAAUGCGGGACUGGGAGCGAUUGACCAGCUCGAGGACCUCAACCGCGCCAUUGCCAUGCAUGCUGAGUCCCUUUUCUCGGGGACUGCUGCCAUUUUCAUGCAGCUUAUUUGCCCCCGUGUACUGGCGGAUAGGCUUACACCUCAGUGGAAGAAGGACGCCGAUAUAUUGCACGACAAGCUGACUGCGGACCUUGUAGGGCGUGCGAGGGCCGCGCUACGCCGACCCGGAUGGAACUGGGUCAAGGAAUUCCAAGCAAAAGAGGGAAUAGAAGCAGGGGAAGGGAAUGAGAGCGAUUUUGAGUUCAAGCGGCUCGCAUAUAUGGUCGGCUCGCUUUACGAAGCAUCCAUGGCUGCUUCGCAGGCGCUCCGAAUCAUUAUUCUGGCUGGCAUCCUGCACCCGGAAGCCGUGAGUCAAAUGCAAGAAGAGCUGGACUCUGUGGUCGGAAGGGGCCGCCUCCCAGACUUCAACGAUGCCUCCCAAUUACCCUGGACACAGGCAUUCAUCAGAGAGGCCAUGCGUUGGCGCUCGCUGACUCCAAUGGGAUCACCACGCGCCACAGCCGACGAGGACGAAUGCAGAGGCUACCGUAUCCCCCGUGAGGCCACCAUCCUAGUGAACGUGUGGGCGAUGAACCACGACGAGACGGUCUUUCCAGAUCCUUUUGCAUUCAAGCCUGAGAGAUGGAUCGACAACCCAAAUUUGCCCCAAAUGUUGUACGGGAUUGGGCAGCGAGCUUGUCCGGGGCGCCACAUGGGGCAGGAUUCCUUAUUCUUGGGCACAGCUCGCCUGUUUUGGGCUCUCGACAUGGUCCAGCCUCCUGGUGCCGAGGAGAUAGAUCAGGAGCGGUUCCUAGAUAGUGGAACAACGCUCGCAUCAUUUGUACCGGAGUUUGAGGUUCACUUCUCAUCGAGGUCUAGGCAACAUCGGCGAGUCAUCGAGGAAAGACGGACAUUAUUUCCGAAAGACAACCUGACGGUGUCACAGGAUACUGUGCCAGUCGCACUGCUCAAUUAG